CAGAAAAAAAAGACGAUUCAUCGAUGUUUCAUUGAAGAUAUGUAAUAGUGUUGAAAUAAUGCUUUUUUAACAUUUCGUUUGACGGUUUUGGAAAGUGUUUUAAAAUUUAGUUCAGCUACAUAAUUGUAGAAUGGAUGAAAAUUUUCUUGAGGAACAGUGUAUUUAUCAUCGAUAUUUUCAAAACGAAAGUAAGUUAAAUACAGUGAAUCAAAGUUUACCAUUAUUCAAUACUAAGCCAAAUGUAACUAUAUCUAACUGUACCGCUUGCAAUACUUCUGUAAAAAAUACAGAACCACCAUCAAAAUUUAGUAUUAUGCCAGAGGAGAACGUGAUUGUAAUAAACAUCUCAGGAAAAAAAUAUGAGACAUAUUUAACAACAAUAGAGCGUUUCCCAAACACGUUGCUUGGUAACCCAGAAAAAAGGAAGCAUUAUUAUAACCCAAUAACUCGUGAGUACUUCUUUGAUCGUCAUCGAAAAGCUUUCAAUGGGAUUUUAAAUUAUUACCAAUCGAGCGGAUUACUAGAGAAACCAGAAGCGGUUUCAGAAAAAAUAUUUACUCAGGAAGUCAUGUUUUUUGAGCUAGGAGAAAUGGCGUUGCAAUUUGAAAACGAUUGUAAUGCAGUAAAUUGCCCAGGGGAAUUAAAUUUUCCAUCCAAUCCGUUAUUCAGGACAAUUUGGAUAAUGUUUGAGUACCCAAAAUCUUCAAGACUUGCUCAAAUUUUAACCAUUCUUUCUAUUUCGAUAAUACUACUAUCCAUUGUAGUGUUUUGUAUUGAAACAAUUCCUUCUUUAGAUCCUGACCAUAAAGAAGGGGAGCACAUGAAAACAACAUGGCUGGUUCUUAAUUCUAUUUGCAACUUCUGGUUUACACUUGAGUAUCUGAUCCGUUUUAUUGUGGCACCCGACCGUUUUUUUUUUGCUCGAUCUAUUUUGAACAUAAUAGAUUUGGUAUCUAUAAUGCCCUUUUAUUUGGGAUUUGCUUUUGAUUCUAAAGCAUCAAAUUAUAUAAUAUUUCUCAAGGUUAUUCGAAUCUUGCGCAUUGUUAGAAUUUUUAAACUUUCUCGACAUGCGCGUGGUCUUCACGUGCUAGCAAGCACAAUCAAAGCAAGUGUUGAAGAGCUCGUUAUGCUGGUUAUGUUUCUUGCAAUUGGGGCAAUCUUGUUUGCAAGUGCAGUGUAUUUUGCAGAAUCUACAAGAGAAAACUCAAAUUUUCAAAGCAUUCCUCACUCUCUUUGGUGGGCUAUUGUUACCAUGACAACUGUGGGUUAUGGAGAUGUUGUGCCAACAACUCUUGUUGGGAAAAUAAUUGGUACAUUUUGUGCCAUAUCUGGAGUAUUAGUUAUUGCUAUCCCAGUUCCUGUGAUUGUCAGCAAUUUUGAGCACUUUUACAAAGAAGAACAUGACAGACGUGCGAGAGAGGAAGAAAUUUCAAAACGCGAAAGCUUAACUAAAAAGAUGUCACCUAUGAAAGACACUUUACGAAUAUUGAAAACUACCUCGGUACUUUUAUCUGAUAAAGAAAAAAAUUCCAACGGGAAACAAAACAACAUUUCCUUAAUUACAAAGAGUUAAUUGCUAAUCGCAAUAAACUAAAUCCGAAAAUAAAUAAUAAAAAGAGCGUUGGUAAUCGAAGGAAUACUUUGUUAUAUUUAAUCAUGCUUAUAUUUUAUCAUCAGUAACCAGUUAUAUUAUCAUUUUCAUUAUUAUAUAUAUAUAUUUUUUUUGUAAUAA